AUUUGUGUCUAUAAAAUGGAGGAACGCCAGACAAUCGAGUCACUAAGUGCUGAUGAUUCAUAUAACUACAAUGUAAUUGUGUCUAUAGUAUGUAAACGUCAGAAAUCUGCAAUUAAGUAUCUUGGUGUAGCAAUAUGUAAUGUGUUGGAUUCAAAUUUGAAUAUUGUAGAGAUAAAUGAUAAUGAGUUCUUCACAGUGCUGGAAUCAAUCCUUCUACAGGUCGCUCCAACUGUAUGUAUAAUGUCUACAACAAAGGAUAGUAUUGAUAUUAAAAGAAUCAAACAUAUACUUUCGCUCUGUAAUAUAGAUUGUUUGAAGCAUAUAACUACAAGUAUAACUGACUCAAUCACAACUGUAGAAGAAAUGAGAAUAAAGGGGAAUUUAGAGUUUCUACUUGGACAAGAGGAUCAUCUUAGGAAUUAUUCUAAAUUCUUUGCAUCUCCAUUAGGAAUGCGCGCACUGUUGGAUAUAUUUGAUACUUUUGAGCUUUUAAAACAGCCCACUUGUAAGCAGAGCUUUCGUUUAGGGUAUUAUAAACUUAAUAAUUAUUUGUCAAUGGAUAGGGCGGCGUUCGCAUCAUUGUCUAUAUUACCCUCCACGAGUAAUUACUUUAAUGAAUCAACUGGAACAUCUUUGUUCGGUCUUUUGAAUAAAUGCCGCACUGCCAUUGGAGCGAGAAGAUUAAGAAUGUGGGUGUCUCAGCCCCUUACGGAUGCCGAUGAGAUUAGUAAAAGGCAUGAUUGUGUAGAAGCUUUUAUGGGAGGUGCAUAUAAAACGAUGCAGGCUGAAUGCUUAAGAAAAGUCCCGGAUCUUGAUUCUAUAAUAAUGAAAUUUAAAUCUCUAGAAGGAGUUAGUGAAUUGUCCUCUACCCAAAAGAAUGUGAUGACAUUUGAGGAUGUUGUACACCUUUAUGAAUGUGUGAUAGCUGUUAAUAGGAUGGUGCAAUUUUUGCUUAUUCCGUACAAUGGCAUACAUGCAGACACCGUUAAACUUAUGUUCAGUGGUCCCCUUUUUAAGAUUUCAUCUCUCUUCGAGCCCUUCUUACGUUUAGUGGAAAAAACUGUCGAUUUAAAGGAAGCAGAAAAACGUAAUUAUGUUAUCAACCGCAAUUUUGAUAAAAACUUAUCCCUCAUGGGUAAUAAGUUAGAUACUAUCAGAGAUGAAAUGGAACAUUUAAGGGAGUCUAUUGAAGAUGAAAUUUACUAUGGAUUGAAAAAAACAAAAAAGGGAGGUAACCUGAAACUAAUUGAAUGUAAUCAUAUGGGAUUUCUAUUCAGGGUAUCGAAAAAGGAUCAUGCACUGUUGCAAGAAUGCGAAGGAAUAAGUAAAUAUGUAGAGAAGGUGAGGUUAAAUAAAACUGAGUUCCUCUUCACAACAUCAAAACUCCGUCACUUAUGCGCUAAAUUUGCUAAUGCUCAAAAGGAAUAUGAAAUUGCGCAAUCAAGAUUAAUGAAAAAGGCAUUAAAAGUAGCUGCUACUUAUUGGCCAUUGGUAGAACGAUUCACCAACAUAAUUGCGACAUUAGAUAUAUUAGUAGCAUUUGCAGAGGCGGCCGCCACUUUGCAGUAUGUGCGGCCUGAAAUUGAUUUGGAAAAUAAGGAAAUAAGUUUAGUCAAUGCAAGGCAUCCUUUAGUAGAAUGCGGAAUUAAUACCCGUCUUUUCGUACCUAAUAGCCUAUAUAUGACAAGAGAAACAUCACUAGUUCAUAUAACUACGGGUCCAAAUAUGGGUGGGAAAUCAACCUACAUACGACAAGUUGGUAUCAUCGUUGUUAUGAAUCAAAUUGGAUCAUUCGUUCCAUGUACAAGCGCCAAGAUUCCCAUAUUCAAGCAUGUUCUCUGUAGAGUUGGGGCAUCAGACAUUCAACUCCGAGGAGUGUCCACGUUUCUCGCUGAAAUGAUAGAAGCAGCCGCUAUAUUGAAAACAGCCAACGAACAUUCGUUGGUCAUCAUAGAUGAGCUAGGCAGAGGUACAUCAACAUAUGACGGUUUUGCUUUGGCAUGGGCAAUUAUAGUGGAUUUACUCAAUAACGCAAAGUGUUUCUGCCUUUGCGCUACCCAUUUCCAUGAAAUGGGUGAACUUAAAGAUGAUUACCCCUGUGUCGAGAAUAAAUAUGUGGCAGCAAAGUAUUUUGAAGAGACAAAGAAAAUGGUCUUACUAUAUGAAAUUAAAGAUGGUGUAUGUAAGGAAUCCUAUGCCAUUAAUGUGGCAGAUAUCGCAUUAUUCCCUCAAGAAGUAAUAGCAAACGCUCAGGUAAAACUUGCCGAGUUAGAACAUGUCGAUAAAGAUAUUGAUCUCAAGCUUCUACAUCAGCUUACUGCUACUUCAACAUAUGAAGAUUUCAGGAAUAACUAUCCUAAUUUAAUCGCUAAGCUUCAAAUUUCUGAUUAACAACACUACUGUCCCCCCUGAACAUC